UUUAUUUAUCAUAUUUAUGAAUAUUUUAUCAUGAAGUACAUAUUUGAAUUUGUUAAAUUAAUGAAUGAAUGAUACGUAUUUAUAUGCGAUGUGUAUUCAAUAUAUGCCUGUUAUAUGUACAUACAUUACUUUAUCAAAAGGAGUUUAUAUACAAAGAAUAGGUUAUAUUAUCCAUGUAUACUAUAGCAAGUUCUCUCGUAUCAACACUAAUUAGAUAUUUUCGGCAAACAAAUGCUGAAGUCAAUGAAGUUUAUAUUUCUGAAAAGCUUGGAUUAUUGUCAUAGCAAAUAUUUGGUAAUUGUCCUAGUUAACAGUAGCAAGCGUAGAUCGGGUAUACUAGAAACUUAAGAAAGAUAUUAUUCUGUACUUGUUUUCUUCUAGUUCUACUUUAAAGACAAAAUUAGAAUAUUUUAAGGAUUAUAAUUAGAGAGCGACAUCGUAACGUUUACAACGGUCGAAAACUUUCUCAGAAGAGGCAAACUUUUAAUCUUUUAAUAAAAUAUAUAUACAUCUAAUUAAGAUUUGCUGUUGAAUCAUUAAAUUUAAAAUCCAUUGCCUAUUUACUUUCUAGUAAAAAUAAAAAAACCUUGAAAAUUCCUGAUAAUUGCUCAGUCUCUUAGAUCUUCCCGUUUUCUAAACAAGGCUUUACGUAUACGUGCUUUGCUGGAUAUAUCUGGUAAUUUGAGUGUACAAAAUAUAUUUUUCCACAUUUUCAAUAUCACUUAUUCAACAGAAAUGAAAAGAAUAGCCAUAACUGGUUUUUCAGGACGGUUACCAGAAAGUUCAAAUGUUAAUGAAUUUUGGAGAAAUCUUCAGGAUGGCGUUGAUAUGGUAACUGAGGACGAGAGAAGAUGGCCUCUUGGUAUUUAUGAUUUGCCACUAAGCAAUGGAAAACUAAAAGAUAUAACUCAUUUUGAUGCUUCAUUUUUCAAUAUACAUGCAAAACAAGCAACCGCUAUGGAUCCUCAAUUAAGACUGCUUUUAGAAGUAGUGUACGAAGCUAUCAUGGACUCUGGUUUUACAAUAAAUGAAAUGAGUGGAACAAAAACAGCAGUAUAUGUUGGAUGUAUACAUUCAGACAAUCACCACAACAUAACAACUGAUGCUACCAGCAUAAAUGGAUAUGAAAUGACUGGAAAUGCAAGAACAAUGAUGGCAAAUAGAAUUUCCUAUUCUUUUAACUUCCAAGGUCCAAGUUUAGCUGUGGACACAGCUUGCAGUUCGAGUUUAGAAGCACUUAAUCUGGCAUACCAUGCUCUACUUGAUGGAUCUUGCGAAAAUGCAAUUGUAGCUGGAUCGCAUCUUCUUUUAAGACCCGAAAGUAGUGUUCAAUUUAACAAACUUCACAUGCUUUCGCCAGACGGUAGAUGUAAAUCAUUCGACGAUUCAGCAAAUGGUUACGUAAGAAGUGAAGGGAUCAUUGCGCUUUUCCUACAGAAUUAUAAAGAUGCACGACGUAUCUAUUCUUCUGUUCUUGGUUCUCUUGAUAACUGCGACGGUCAAAAAGAAUUAGGAAUUACUUUUCCCUCUGGAAAUGUUCAAUCAAAUUUAUUAAGAGAUGUCUACCGUCAAGCUAACAUCGACCCGUUGAAAGUUUCUUAUAUUGAAGCACAUGGAACAGGUACACAAGCUGGCGAUCCCCAAGAGUUAAAGGCUUUGGAUAAAGUAUUCUGUGAUAAAAGGGAAAGUCCUUUAUUGGUUGGAUCUGUCAAAAGUAAUAUGGGACACUGUGAGCCAGCGGCUGGACUAGCGAGUUUAGUUAAACUAAUAUUAGCGCAUGAACACCGUUUACUACCUGGGAACCUCAAUUAUAAACAGCCAAAUCGAAAUAUUGAAUCACUGAUUAGUGAAAGAAUUAAGGUUGUUGACCGACUAACACCAUGGGAAGGGGGAAUUGUUGGCAUAAACUCUUUUGGCUUUGGCGGUGCGAACGUUCAUUCAAUUCUCAACUUUGACGCAACAGAAGGCGUAAUAGACAAUUUAUCAGAUAGGCCUACAGUGGGUUUGGUUUGUGCUAGAACCAAAGAAGGGGUCGAAAAUCUAUUGAAUCUUUUUGAAAAUAAUACAAACAAUUUAGGUUUACAAUUUUUAUGUUACAAUCAAAGGAAAGAAUCCAGUAAUCUUUUGCCAUUCAGAGGUUUUAUUACGUUAAAUACGCCUUCAACUCUGAAAGGAAUUCAAAAGUUCACUGAACCCGAUACAAAAAGACCAAUUUAUUAUGUCUAUCCGGGAAUGGGUUGUCAAUGGGUUGGCAUGGGAAGAGAUAUGAUGACGUUUGAUUGCUUUCGCAAUUCAAUAGAAACGUGUUCAAAAGCAUUGAUGAACGUCGGAAUGGAUUUGAAGCGUCUACUUGAAAAGGGCACAGAGGAUGAUUUUAAAAAUCCUCUCAACACUUUUAUUUGUAUAACUUCCAUACAAAUUGCGCUCACUGAUUUAUUAGAAGAGUUUGGGAUCGAAGCUGAUGGGAUAAUCGGUCAUUCGGUAGGAGAGUUGGGUUGUGCCUAUGCAGAUAAGACAUUGACUGCAGAACAAACUGUGUUAUGCGCCUAUUGGAGAGGUAAGUGUAUUAAGGAUGCAAACCUUCGGCCGGGAGCAAUGGCAGCCGUAGGUUUAACUUGGGAAGACGCUAUGAAUAAGUGUCCACCAAACGUUGUACCGGCUUGCAAUAAUUCUGAAGAAACACAAACGGUAAGCGGACCUUUCGAGUGUGUCAAGGAGUUUGCUGACCAACUCAAGAAUGAGGGCUACUUUGUUAGAAUUGUUGAUAGUUCGGGUGUCGCUUUCCACUCUCCGGAACUAAUGGUUUGUUCACCUCAGUUUACUGAAAAACUUCAAAGAGUCAUUAAAGAACCAAAAAAGAGGAGUAGUAAGUGGAUUAGCACCGCAUUUCCGGAAGAAGAAUGGGAUAAUCAAGAGGCAUGCUAUUCGUCAGCAGAAUAUCAUACACAUAAUUUCACACAUCCUGUUUUAUUUAAUGCUGCCUUGAAAAUGAUACCGAAUGAUUCUAUAAUUAUUGAAAUUGGUCCACAUGGUCUACUGCAAUCAGUUAUUAAGAGAGCCUUAGGACCAAGUGCUUAUCUUACUAGCUUAAUGAAGAAGAACGAUAAAGAUAACUUGGGAUUUUUUAUGAAAAAUCUAGGAUUAUUACAUAACAUUGGAAAGAACGUUGAUACAAUGAAAUUACAGCCAAAGGUAAGACUUCCUAUUGGUCAAGGAACACCAUUAAUAUCUCCAUGUAUCCAAUGGAAUCAUGAAAUUGAGUGGCCUCUUCUUAAAACUGAUUUAAGAGGAGGAAAUUCAGUUAAGAAUAGCGGUGAAAUUGUAAUUUUAAGUGCCGAAGAAUUGGAACCCUUAAAAGAUCAUAAAAUAGACGGUCGACUCCUAUUUCCAGCAACUGGUUAUGUUGACAUUUUGUGGAAAAGAUAUGCAGGUUUGAUCGGAGUGGACAAGGAGUCGUUGUCUAUCGUUAUUAGGGACUUUCACCUUCAUCACGCUGUUUUAAUACCAGAGGAAGGCGAUUUAGAAUUUCACGUUCGAAUAUCUGCCAGUAGUGGAGUGUUUGAGAUAAAUGAAAGUGAAAGUUUAGUUGUAAAUGGACAAAUAGAUAAAUAUCAUGCACCAAAAGCAAGUUUUCGUAGAGAAGGAAAUAAUUUACAAUUAUCAGAUGAUGACGAGAAAUUUCAACUAACUAAAGAAGAUAUUUAUAAAGAAUUACGUGUGAGAGGUUACGACUACGGUCCAAAUUUUCAAUUAGUUACAUCAUCAACCUUAAACGGAUAUACGGGAAAGAUAUUAUGGCAAAAUAGUUGGAUAACAUUUCUCGAUUCAAUGUUACAAGUACAUGCUUUAAGCUCUGUUAAUCGCUCACUAAAACUACCAACAAGAAUACGACGACUGGUUAUAAACACUGAUAAUUUAGCUUUCAUCAAUAAUGAAGAAAUCAACUUUACUUUUGAUCCAUUAACAAACACCUGCAUUGCCGGAGGAGUACGAUUAAUUGGUUUGCAGCUAAAUGUCUCUCCAAGAAAGUUCGAUAACCAGCAAAAUGUAUUACAGAAAUAUGAAUUUGUUGAAUUUAAGAAGACUGUUGAAGUACAUUCUCAACUUCUAUUUUAUUUAAAUAGUUGUAUUAGUAUGUUAGAAGGAUAUAGUACUAAUGCAAAUAGAGAUAAUGGCAGGAACGUGACACAAGAUUAUGAAUACAAACAAGAGAGUAAAUCAAAGAGGAAAAUGUCGACAAUAAAUAUACAUUAUCGCCGACAAUCGAUUUCUAAAGAAGAGAAUAUUGAAACUUUGAAACAAACAAUUCGAUUGUUUAUUGAUAAAAAAGCUAUACCCUCAAGAGAUACUUUAAUUAAAAGCUUAUCAGAUGACAAACUAAUAAACAAUCUUAUGGGAGAAAGACAAUUUAAAGCGGCUUUGGACGUAAUAUUUCUUAACAAGCCUACUAACAGAUUAAGAUUAUUAUAUUAUAUUACUGAAUCACCGUUUAACUGGACAUUUAUUCAAAGGAUUAAGAACACUCUGAAGCAGUAUGCUACUCAUCAAUUUGAGGAGAUUUAUUCUGGAUGCGAAAAAGCCGAUGAAACUUCUAAAAAUAGUUUUGCGCAAGUCGGAUGGUCAAAAGAUCCUAAGAGUUUAGAUAUUGUUCUAGUAAAGGACUAUUUAACUUGCAAUUAUGACUUGAAAGCUAUUUGGGAAGUACUUAAAGACGACGGAUUUCUUUUCCUUCACGAAACAACAACCAAACAUUCCAUUUUAAAUAAUUUAAAAAGUAUCUUAUCAAUACCAACUAAUGGUAAAUCGUUUAAAAGCUUAAACUAUAGUGAAAUAAUAAGUAAAUUGGAAUCUGCCGGAUGGAAAAUAAUUAUCGAAAGAUAUGAUAAUAUCUUUUCUUCAUUUAUGGUUUGUAAAAAAAAACUUCCCUAUGUACCAAGACCAAUUAUCAUACCAUGCAAUGAUUAUGAACAAUUUGAGUGGGUGGACAAGUUAAAAUCCGCUAUGGAGGAAACAAAUAAAGAUAAGAAUACUAGAGUAUGGUUAAUAGCCGAUAAAGAUAAUAGAAAUGGUAUUGUGGGUUUUUUGAAUAGCCUUAGACAGGAACCAGAUGGUGAUAAAGUGAGGUGCUUAUUCAACGCAAACCUUGAAGACGAAUUAAUUCCUGAGUGUUACCUACCUGGUGGUGAUAAGUUUACUGAAUUAUUAGCGAAAGAUUUGGUCUUUAAUAUCUUUCGUAAUGGAACUUUGGGUUGUUUUUGUCACUUUCACAUUGAAGAUGUCACUUCUUGUACUGAUCUUGAAAAUGCCUAUGCAACUGCAUUUCUUCGGGGGGAUUUAUCAACUUUACAAUGGGUUCAAUCUAAACCACGACCUCAUCAAUGUCCUGAAAAAAAGAUGGUUUAUACUCACUACGCUUCACUAAAUUUCCGAGACGUUAUGUUAGCGACCGGUCGCCUAAGUUUAGACGCAAUUCCAGGUGCGCAACAAGAUGAUGACCAAUUUCUCGGUAUUGAAUAUUCUGGAAUUGAUGAAUCGGGUAAAAGGGUAAUUGGUCUUAUUGAUUUUGGAGGUUUAGCAACGAACAUUCAGAUUGAUAAGCGAUAUUCAUGGCAAGUACCCGAUAAUUGGAAUUUAAAGGAUGCAGCAACAAUUCCAGUUGCUUAUGCUACUGCAUAUUACGCACUAGUUGUUAGAGCAAGAAUUAAGUUUGGCGAAAAAAUCCUGAUUCAAUCGGCGACGAGUGCUGUUGGUCAAGCCGCUAUUCAAAUUGCUAAAUCGUUCAAUUCUAUAAUAUAUACAACUGUUGGUACGGAAGAAAAACUUCAGUUUUUAAUGGAUAAUUUCAAGAUACCUAGAGAGAGAAUUUCCCAUUCUAGAACUACACAGUUUGUUGAUGACAUAUUACAAGAAACAAAUGGAAAAGGGGUCGAUAUCCUGCUCAAUUCAUUAAGUGAAGAAAAAUUACAAGCAGGAAUUGACAUUUUAGCAAAAAAUGGUAGAUUUCUGGAGAUUGGAAAAUUUGAUCUUUCUCAGAAUCAUAAACUGGGAAUGUCGGCAUUUCUAAAGAAUAUAUCGUUUCACGGUAUAGUUUUGGAGAACCUAUUCGAAGAUUAUAGCAUUUGGCAAGAAGUUUGGCAACUUGUAAAGACAGGAUUAGAGACUAAUAUUGUUAAACCACUUCCCACUUAUGUAUUCUCAAAGAAUAAGUUAGAAGAGGCCUUUAGAUUCAUGGCUGAAGGAAAACAUAUUGGAAAAAUAUUAAUAAAGCUAAGAACUGAAUCUAAAUACUCAAUAUUUCAAAGACUCUGCAUGAAAGACAAAAAUUUUCCACCAGAAAGUGUUCUAGUGCAAGGGUACAAAAAGACUUAUUGUAACCCAAACAAAUCAUAUAUAAUAACUGGCGGAUUGGGUGGUUUAGGUCUAGAGCUGGCUGGAUUUCUUAUUCAAAGAGGAGCCACUCGUAUAAUACUCACAUCAAGAUCAGGUAUAAAGAAUGGAUAUCAAGCCAAGCUAGUAAAACACUGGCAGAAAAAUGGAUGUAAUAUCAUUAUCUUAAAGGAAAACAUUGCUUCAUUAGACGAAUCGAAAGUUAUCUUUCAACAAGCAAAGUCUCUUGGACCGAUUGGUGGCAUUUUUCAUUUGGCAGCCGUUCUUAGAGAUGGUAUCUUUAGUGGUCAGAGUGCAGAAUCGUUUAAAGCAGUUGCAGAGACAAAGAUUAAAGGAACCUUAAAUUUGGACACGCUAUCAAGAGCAGAAUGCCGAAAUUCGCUAGAUUGGUUUGUUGUUUUUUCAUCUGCAGCAAGUGGAUAUGGUAAUGCAGGACAAACGAAUUAUGCAUACGCAAAUUCAUUCAUGGAACGUAUCUGUGAGAAGAGGAGAAAAGAUGGUUUUCCUGCUGUAGGAAUACAAUGGGGCUUUAUGGGAGACGUUGGUAUAGUUGUUAACAAUCUCUCGGGAAACGAGUGGUACAUGACUGGAAUUGGCGUACAAAGAGUAGCAUCUUAUUUAAAUACAUUGGACAAUAUUCUUUUAAAUAAUUGGGAGAUAUUAAGUAGUAUUGUACCAGUUAAACAACGCAAUUCCUCAAAUAAUGACGAAAAUGAAGAUAGAGUUCACGUAGCAAUUUCGGCAAUCUAUAGUGUUCUCGGUAAUAAUUUAUUUACUUUAAAUUGUCUGAAUUCUUCAACUGUAAACUCUAUAUUUAUAUAAAAUCUAGGUAUCGAUGAAGAUAAUAUGACAAUAGACGAAGACGUUGCACUAAUAGAUAUGGGAUUGGACUCUUUGAUGACAACAGAAAUAAGGCAAAUAUUGGGACGCCGAUUCGAUGUUCAAUUGACGGUAGCAGAGGUUCAAAGCUUGAAUAUAAAGAAAAUAACACAACUUUUAUCAAAAAAGUGAAAGUUAACAAAAUCAAUUACAAAAUUAUUAAUUAUUAACAAAUGGACUAAACUUUGAUGGUAAUUUUGAUAAGAGAAAUGAACUAAUGACUAAGUGACGCUUGUUUUACCUUCGAGUAGAAAACAAUAAUAAACUAUAACAAUAGUAUUUAUGUCAUCAAUGAUUUGCGUGUGACUCAAAAUUUUAUGCAAACCAUUUUAGUACUUUCUGAAAUCAGCCAUAAUACAUUGAAAUUCUAUAGGUUUUAUGGAAAA